GUCAGGGACCUUCAAAGGACCCAAUAAAAUGUAGCGGAAAUGUUGAGAGCAUGAAGUAAACAUUGGCGUUCAGACUUAAAAUAUUCCACUUCCAGCUUUUUCAGACUCCAGGGUGUGGGUAAAAUGAACAACAUGUCCCCUGAAGUUGCACUGCACCGGAUCUCUCCUGAGUUGCGGCCGUUGCUGUGCAGUGUUGUCCGAAACGGCCGCGUUGGACUGGAUUCCACGAACUGUCUCCGUGUCACAGACCUCAAAACGGGAUGUACAUCUCUGACCCCCGGUCCCUGCUGUGAUCGCUUCAAACUUCACAUCCCCUACGCUGGAGAAACCCUGAAAUGGGAUAUCAUAUUUAAUGCACGAUAUCCAGAACUGCCUCCAGAUUUUAUCUUCGGGGAAGAUGCAGAGUUUCUCCCUGAGCCCUCAGAACUACCACACUUGGUCCAGUGGGAUGCUGGGAACUCAGAAUGUUUGCUCCAGCUGGUGAAGGAGCUUAUCCAGCAGUACCACCACUACCAGUGCCAGCGUCUGCGUGAAAGCUCCAGGCUGCUCUUUGAGUACGACAGCCUUCUGGAGGAUCCCAACUACGGGCGCAACAUGGAGAUUUAUGCCGGACGCAAGAACAGCUGGACUGGGGAGUUUUCAGCCCGUUUCCUUCUCAAGCUUCCUGUGGAUUUCAGCAACAUCCCCAUCUAUCUCCUUAAGGACACGACUCUGGACCCUGGGGAGGAUGUGGCCCUUCUGUCAGUGAGCUUUGAGGAUGCUGAAGCCACUCAGGUCUUCCCAAAACUCUACCUCUCACCCAGCAUUGAGCACGCGCUCGGAGGCUCCUCUGCACUUCAUAUCCCAGCAUUCCCCAGUGGAGGAUGUCUAAUUGACUAUGUACCCCAAGUGUGUCAGUUACUCACCAACAAGGUGCAGUACGUCAUCCAAGGCUACCACAAAAGAAGAGAGUACAUCGCUGCAUUCCUCAGCCACUUCGGAACGGGCGUGGUGGAGUAUGACGCCGAGGGAUUCACAAAACUCACCCUUCUGCUCAUGUGGAAAGACUUCUGCUUCCUAGUGCACGUGGACCUCCCGCUGUACUUCCCCAGGGACCAGCCCACCCUCACCUUCCAGUCAGUGUACCACUUCACCAACAGCGGUCAGCUCUACUCUCAGGUGCAGAAGACGUACCCGUACAGCCCACGCUGGGAUGGCAACGAGAUGGCAAAGAGGGCCAAGGCAUACUUCAAGAGCUUCAUCCCUCAGUUCCAGGAGGGAGCCUUUGCCAACGGGAAACUCUAGUCCUCUCCUGCUUAAUGACAUGCCUGGAGACUUGCCUGUGGGAGUGUGUGUUUGUGCAUGCCAUUGUGUACCUGAAUAUGACUAUGCACAGACUUGACUUAGAUUUGUGAACUGUAUGUACUUAUGGACUGUACUGUUACAGUACAGUGAGUAUGACAGUGUGCUUAUUGCACACAGACUCUGUGAAUUCCAUAUUGUGAAACUGAAACUCUCUUAAUCAGUACCUUCACUUUUUUUGAUUACAGAUGUAGUGAGGAACCUCUUUGUGUAGAAGUUAGUGUCAAAUGCAAACAAAAGACAUCACUGAAAUAAGCAGAAUGUUUUAACCCAUAAAGACCCAAACAUCCAAAAGCAUCUACUGAUCUAAAAUGUUUCAUACCUGUUCCAUUAAUCCUAUCAAUACAUGUAAAUAAUUGGUGUAAAAUACAGUUUGUCAUC